AUGGAGAGCCAAGGUAACAACCGAGGAAAAGGCUUGGCUAUCAAAGCUGGAGAUCAAGAAGACUCUGAAGUUGAUGAAGAAGAGGUUGCUAUGCUGGUGAGAAGGUUCAAAAGAAUGUUCAACCGAAACAACAAGUCAAGGAAGUUCACCAAGAAACCCUCUACUUCAAAAGCUGACUCUGGUUGUCACAAAUGUGAAUCUCUAGAACACUUUAUUCGUGAGUGUCCACUUUGGGAUACAGAGAAAGACAUUAGGAAGGCUAUGAUUGCUGCCUGGGGAGAUUCUGAAAGUGAGGAUGAAGAGAAAAAACCUGAAGAAGAAACAACUCAUCUAUGUCUGAUGGCCAAACGUGAUGAAAAGGCUUACAACGAUGAGCUUGCUAAAGAGGUAUUCCUUGAUCGUAAUGUGCUUAAAACUUAUAGUAAAGAUGCUCUCAUUGAUUUAGUGUUUGAAUUGGAAGAUGACUGGACUCACACUAGUAUUCGUCUAAGUGAAAGUCAAAGAGAUCUCAAAGUCUACAAGGAACACAGUGCGUGGAUUGAGAAUCAACGAAAUGAUGUUCAAAGUAGAUUUUUUGAACUUUUUGACAAAAAUCUUCUCUUAAAAGAAAUGAAUGAGAAACUCAAGUUUGAAAAUAUCAUGGUUAAUGUAGAACAGACUCAAUAUAAACUUGCUAAUGCUGAAGUGUCUCCGAGUUCCUCCUCUGAAUCUUUGCCUAAAUUUAAUGAGAAUUUUGAAAAAUUAAAAUAUGAUCUUGACGAGUUAAGAAUUGAAAAGGUCCUAGUGAGGGGGAACAACACGUGGUACCUCGACAGUGGUUGUUCAAAGCAUAUGACAGGAGAUAAAUCAAAGUUUCUCUCACUAGAGGCCUAUCCAGGAGGAACUGUGACCUUUGGAGACAACAAAAAGGGUGAAGUAAUUGCUAAAGGAAAAGUAGGAAGGUGCUUUGUUCAUAAUAAUGGGAAAAGGAACAUAGGAAAAUUUGAUGAAAGAAGUGAUGAAGCUGUGUUCCUUGGCUAUGCAUUAAAUAGCAAAGCUUACAGAGUUUACAAUAAAAAUACAUUAGACAGGGAAGAAGAUGAAGAAACCUCCAAGCAAACCAAGGAAGUAAGAGAGGAACCUGAGCAAGAACAUAAAGAAAAUGCUGAAGUUCCUAAUCAAGAAAACCCAGAGGAACAAGAUCAUGGAGAAUCUAGCAACAAGGAAAAUGGAGAAGAAACUGAAGAAGAAGUGCCUCAAAUAGGAGUUCCUGCCCGAGAAUUUCAACCAAAGCCAUUCAGAUAUCGAGGCUCUCAUCCAACAGACCUUAUUAUAAGUGAUAAUGGUAGAGGAACUCAGACCAGAUCACAGUUGAGGAACUUUUGUGCCUUUUAA